UUGACAUUCCUUUUGAUUUACAAAUUCUUUCAGUGUUUGCAGUUUUGUUGAGAUUUAUAUGAAUACAUACGGUAAGUUGUGAAAUUGUAAUUUGGUUCUUGAUUUUUUGUACUUAAAUAUUCACAUGUAUGUUUAUAUAUGCAUAUAUAUAUAUAUAUGAACAUUUCAGAAUAUGGAGUACCAAGAUAAAAUUGAAUUAAUGCAAGAUAUUUUUAAGUGCAUCGAGGAAGCCGUCGAGAUUGAUUCGGAUGAUAGCGAAAGGGAGGACAUAUGUAAAGGACUAAUCAAUAUGUGUGAAAAAGUGGCAAAGAUGCCUAUAAGGAAAAAAAAUCGUGAAUGGACAAAGGUGUGGAGGGAAGCGAAGUCGGAAAAAGGAUCAUUCGCAUUCUUAACAAAAGAGCUAUUGAUAUCGGACAAAGCUAGCUAUAAAAAUUAUUUGCGAAUGACUGAGACCCAAUUUAAUUUCCUGCUUUCAUUCAUUAAGGAAGAUUUAAGAAAGCAAGAUACCAUAAUGUGGUCCGCAAUUUCUCCAGCUGAAAAACUGUCUUUGACACUGCGGUUUCUUGCUACAGGGGAAACUUUUCAGAGCUUGAAUUUUCAUUCCAAAAUAUCAAAGGCUGCUAUUAGUGGCAUAAUUCGGAUGUAUGUGACGCUAUUUGGGCUAGACUGA